AUGAGCAACUCUCAUACUCAUCCUUCUUCCCAACUAGCCCAUAAUGAGGCACGCCAUUCUUCUCCAAAUUAUAAUGGAAAUAAUCACAGAUCAGUUCGUCAUCACCAGACAAAUUAUGUUCCAUCUUCUCCUCCUCAUUCAAGUUAUGACACAAUAUCUACUGGUGAGUAUUCGAAUAGAAUUAACAUAACUAAUUUGAGCAAUCGUAAUUCAGUGAAUAGGGUCUUAAGGCCAGGUGUAGUAGACAAUCUGCAUGGCCGAUCCUCGCAAAAUAGGAGCAAUCCGACAAUUUAUGCUCAGUUAUUACGUGAAGUAAUUCAUGACCAUAUAGAUGUCACUGAUCCCUUUGAGUUGCUUCGGUUAAUGCUUGAACGUCAUGAUUCACUUCACCUUACUGGCGUUCGUGAGGAGAAAGAGAAGGAUGUUUUAUUUAGGUAUUUGAAAACAAGAACUCAUCAUGUUCCUACGCCUAAAGAUGAAGUUAAUAGUCCCACGAAAGCUGAAAUAGUUGUUGAUAAAGAGUUAUCAGAGAUUUGUGCGAUAUGUAUGGCAGAAUAUGAACAUGAAGAGAAAAUUGGAACACUUCAAUGUGGACAUGAAUAUCAUAGAGAUUGCAUCAAACAUUGGUUGUUGAGGAAGCAUAACUGUCCAAUGUGCAGAGCUCCAGUUUUUCCUUCACAACAACAUAGAUUAUGGAGAGGCAUUUAA